AUGGGAAGAGGAAGAGUAGAAUUGAAGAGGAUAGAGAACAAGAUCAAUAGGCAAGUGACGUUUGCAAAGAGAAGGAAUGGUCUUUUGAAGAAAGCAUACGAGCUUUCCGUUCUAUGUGAUGCGGAAGUUGCUCUCAUCAUCUUCUCAAAUAGAGGAAAACUGUACGAGUUUUGCAGUAGUUCGAGCAUGAUACGGACUCUGGAGAGGUACCAAAAGUGUAACUACGGAGCACCAGAGCCCAAUGUGCCUUCAAGAGAGGCCUUAGCAGUUGAACUUAGUAGUCAGCAGGAGUAUCUCAAGCUUAAGGAGCGUUACGACGCUUUACAGAGAACCCAAAGAAAUCUAUUGGGAGAAGAUCUUGGGCCACUAAGUACAAAGGAACUUGAGUCACUCGAGAGACAGCUUGAUUCUUCCUUGAAGCAGAUCAGAGCUCUCCGGACGCAAUUUAUGCUUGACCAGCUCAACGAUCUUCAGAGUAAGGAACGGAUGCUGAGUGAGACAAAUAAAACUCUAAGACUAAGGUUAGCUGAUGGGUAUCAGAUGCCACUCCAACUCAACCCUAACCAAGAAGAUGUUGAUUACGCUCGUCAUCAACAACAACAGGAACAACACUCUCAAGCUUUCUUCCAGCCGUUGGAAUGUGAACCAAUUCUUCAAAUGGGGUAUCAUCAAGGGCAGCAAGAUGGAAUGGGAGCAGGACCAAGUGUGAAUAAUUACAUGUUGGGUUGGUUACCUUAUGACACCAACUCUAUUUGA